AGCGUAAAAAUACAAAAAAUUUCAAGUAAUCAAGAAAAAUUAUAAACUACGAUGAAAUCCUGGAAAAAUUUAUUCAUUUAUAACGAAACGAAGACAGUGACAGUAUGAAUAUGUCAUAUUCUAAUAUUGCCUAGGGUGACAGUGGCAAAUAUUGACUAAUGUGAUCGCGACUCAUUUUAUCAGUAAACUUUUGUUUUCGCAACGGCACUUAUUUCUUUUAUCUAUGACCGCACUGCUCAGUGAAGGGCGUCGUGUUUGUAAAUUUAUCUUUUUGUUUAUUGUUAUUUUGAUAAAUAUUUGCAAUAUCCGAAUAUGAAUUCGUCAGGAAAGAGACGUGAUAUUUGCGUGCUAGUUCGAUAACUUUGAGAAUUGUUGUUCUGAUAUUGAGAUGUUUUCAAAUAGAUUAUCUUGUCAUCUCCCUUUUCCAAGUUGUAUAAGUAUUCCAAAAGAUCAAGGAUCUGACGAAUUAUUGCCCAAAAUGGCAAGAGAACCAAUUAUUUUGAAUGUUUAUGAUAUGUAUUGGAUAAAUGAUUACACCACUUCUAUUGGGCUUGGAGUAUUUCAUUCUGGAGUUGAAAUAUACGGAACCGAAUUUGCAUAUGGUGGUCACCCCUAUCCUUGCAGUGGAAUAUUUGAUAUCACUCCUAGGAAUCAUGACGAGCUAGGAGAACAGUUUAGAUUUCGUCAAAGCGUACAGGUUGGCUGCACAGACUUUACUGAAGAGGAGGUUAGACGCAUAGUGAAUGAACUGGGAAAACAGUUUCGUGGAGAUCGUUAUCAUUUGAUGAACAAUAAUUGUAAUCACUUUAGUGGAUCAUUAACUCAGAUUUUGUGCGGCCAGGAGAUACCAAGUUGGGUGAACAGACUUGCUUAUUUUAGUUCAUGUGUACCUUUUUUGCAACGGUGCUUGCCUAGAGAAUGGCUUACGCCCAUGGCUUUGCAACAAUCACUAACUGCCCAAAAUGAUGACUACAAUAAUACAAAUCAUGAUAAUUCAGACACAACACCCUUUUAACAAUUUGAAAUGUAAAUGCCAUUAUGUUAAAAAUUGAACUAAUUUAUAUUUUAUGUACAUUUAUAUUCACUGUUUCUAUGUGAUUGAAAAUUUAUGUAUUGUAGAACAAUACAAGUGUUAGAUUUAUAUUAUUUAUGUUCAAGUUAGCUCAAAUUGUUGGCAACAU